AUGUCUGCGAUGCUACCAAUCACACUUCUAAGUGUGGCUCCAUCAUUUGGGUCAAAUCACAUCAUCCUCUCUUGCCCAUCCGUAAAACGAUCCCAUUCACUUGGCUCGGACAGAGAGUCGUCCAGCUUUGAUGAAAGCCAACUUGGACGAUUUGACGCAAAGCCAAUUGGCCGAUGGGAAAAUCGGACUCCAGAACGGCUUGUGAUUCACAGAGCCACUCUUCCCAACCUCACAUUUCAGUUUAGCGGAAAAGGUGAUCGUAAUUUUGAAUACGAUCAUGUACCAGACGACAAUCAGCCGUCGGAAAAUGACGGUUUCACAGAAGAGAACCGAUCGUUUGGUAUCUUUCGCUCUGUCACGCCGUUGCCGAACCUCGCCAACUUGCUCUCUCUGCCACACAUGAACUGGCCGCGGCGUCACUCGGACGCUUUGAUGACGAAGAUUGAUCUGGCCGAUAGGGCCAACAUCCCAUCGUCGAAGCACCGAAUAAGCGUUCGAUCUGACGAUAUUCUCAAGAGGUUGCCUCAAUUCUUGUCUGUGGCAGAUCUGACAAAAGGUAGCCCUUGA